UGCUUUUCAGCAGGGCCGAGAAGAAUAGGCGUCGUGAUGGAGUCCGCGGGAGGUUAAAGUGAUAAAUCUGGGGAAAUUUAAAGAUUAAUAAAGUUUGCGACGUUUGUGCUUUCCGAGCGGAGAGUUUUACAGCAAGAAAUAAGCGCUUCAUGACAGCCAGAUAGCUAAGUGUGCUGCGGAGAUCGUUGGAUUAGCCGGUCACCAUGGCGACAGACGUGGGCUCACCGCAGCGCUUUUUCCACAUGCCGCGCUUCCAGCACCAGGCGCCUCGGCAGGUGUUCUACAAGAGGCCGGACUUCGCCCAGCAGCAGGCCAUGCAGCAGCUCACCUUCGACGGGAAGCGCAUGAGGAAGGCUGUGAACCGCAAGACCAUCGACUACAACCCCUCCGUCAUCAGAUACCUGGAGAACCGACUGUGGCAGCGCGACCAACGAGACCUCAGAGCCAUCCAGCCAGAUGCAGGUGGCUACAAUGAUCUCGUUCCUCCUGUGGGCAUGUUGAGCAAUCCGAUGAACGCCGUCACCACCAAGUUUGUCCGAACCUCCACCAACAAAGUCAAGUGUCCCGUGUUCGUGAUCAGGUGGACUCCUGAAGGCCGGCGGCUCGUGACCGGAGCCUCCAGUGGGGAGUUCACUCUGUGGAAUGGACUCACCUUCAACUUUGAGACCAUCUUACAGGCCCACGACAGCCCGGUCCGGGCCAUGACCUGGUCUCACAACGACAUGUGGAUGCUGACGGCGGACCACGGCGGCUACGUGAAGUACUGGCAGUCCAACAUGAACAACGUCAAGAUGUUCCAGGCUCACAAGGAGGCCAUUAGAGAAGCCAGUUUCUCUCCCACUGAUAACAAGUUCGCCACCUGCUCAGACGACGGCACCGUACGAAUCUGGGACUUCAUGCGCUGCCACGAGGAGAGGAUCCUCAGAGGUCACGGAGCUGACGUCAAGUGUGUGGACUGGCAUCCCACCAAAGGCCUGGUGGUGUCGGGCAGCAAAGACAGCCAGCAGCCAAUCAAGUUCUGGGACCCCAAGACAGGCCAGAGUCUGGCUACGCUACACGCCCACAAGAACACAGUGAUGGAGGUGAAGUGGAACCUGAACGGGAACUGGCUGCUGACGGCGUCACGCGACCACCUGUGUAAGCUGUUUGACAUCAGGAACCUGAAGGAGGAGCUACAGGUGUUCAGAGGACACAAGAAGGAGGCCACAGCGGUUGCCUGGCAUCCUGUUCAUGAGGGUUUGUUCGCCAGCGGCGGCUCCGACGGCUCGCUCCUGUUCUGGCACACCGGGGUGGAGAAGGAGGUGGGGGGCAUGGAGAUGGCCCACGAGGGGAUGAUCUGGAGUCUGGCGUGGCACCCACUGGGCCACAUCCUGUGUUCCGGCUCCAACGACCACACCAGUAAGUUCUGGACCAGGAACCGACCCGGAGACAAGAUGAGGGACCGUUACAACCUGAACCUGCUGCCGGGGAUGUCGGAGGACGGUGUGGAGUACGAUGACGUGGAGCCCAACAGCAUGGCUGCCAUCCCCGGGAUGGGCAUCCCCGAGCAGCUGAAGGCCGCCAUGGAGCUGGAGCAGAGCAGUAAAGAGGCCACUCCAGAGGUGGAGAUGUCCAUCCCUGGUCUGGACUGGGGCAUGGAUGAGGUCAUGGGGAAGGACGCCAAGAAGGUCCCGCAGAAGAAGGUCCCGUACGCCAAACCAAUCCCAGCGCAGUUCCAGCAGGCCUGGGCUGAGAACAAAGUACCCACGAUGCCUCCCUCCGGAGAGAUUCUCAAGGACAGGAAGAUGGAGCAGAAGGGGGACGGGAAGAAGAAGACGCAGGCGGAGUUCGAGCAGGAGAUGGCGGCGCUGCAGUACACCAACCCCAUGCUGCUGGAGCAAAUGAAGAUGGACCGGAUGGGCCAGAUGAACACGGAGGGGAACAUGGGCCCCCCCCCAGGCUCCGUGUCCUCCUUCCCCGGGGGCCCGGGGGGCAACAUGCCUCCUGGCCAGCAAGGCUUUUCUUCAAACAUGCCGCCUCAGCAAAUGCCCAACAACAUGGGGCCCCCCAUGGGCUCCGGGGGCAUGCAGCCUCCAUACAUGCAGGCUGGACAGAUGGGCCCCCCCUCUGGACCCCAGUCUCACCAGGGGCCCCCUCAGGGCAUGAUGGGACCCUCGGACAUGCAGGGGCCGCAGAGACAUGCCGGCCCCCCCAGAAACAUGGGCCCUCAAGGACCUCACGGCAUGGGGCCCAGAGGGAUGCAAGGGCCCCCUGGUGGGAUGAUGGGCCCCCCUCCACGGGGAAUGGGCUCAAGGGACAAUCAAGGGCCCCCACCUCAAGGGGGAAUGAUGCCACCUCAAGGCAACAUGAUGGGCCCCCAGGGCCCCAUGCAGGGUGGGAUGAUGGCCCCCCCGCCUCGGACACAUGGCAACAUGCCCAACAGCUUCAUGCAGGGGCCCCCUGGAGGGAUGCACGGACCACCUGGAAAUAUGCAGGGCCCCCAAGGUAACUUGCAAGGACCUCAUGGAAGCAUGCAGGGGCCUCCCGGGAACAUGCCGGGACCACACGGAAACAUUCAGGACCCCUCCUACAUGCAGCACCAGGGUCAGAACUCUGGGCCCAUGAUGCACGGGAUGAACCAGCAGGGGCCCAACAGCAAAGCAGACCCUCGGGGGCCCCCACCAAACCACCACAUGGGCCCUCCUGACCGGCAGGGUCCCGGAGGACCUGAGCAGGGUUCUGGGUCUUACUGGGGCGAUGGCAAGCAGGGUCGACGAGGCCCGCAGGACUUUGACGGAGGACAGGACUUCCACGGCAGAGGAGACGAAGGCUGGAGGUCCGGCCCGGGUUCCGGGUACCAGAGUGGACGGGGGGGCGGCCAUAGAGGGGGAGGGCACAGAGGAGGAGGAGGAGGAGGAGGAGGAGGAGGAGGAGGAGGGAACGGAGGGAACUGGGGCCACGACGAACAGUUCAGCGGGGGAGACUUCAGAGGACGAAGGGAGGAAAGGUUCCGAGCGCCGGCAGGUCGGUCCUAUGGUGAGGAUUAUGGCCAGGAGGAAGGCUUCGAUGGCUCUGAGGACAUGGGCCGCGGCUGGGAGACGGGGGGCCGCGGGAGGCCGCCCCGGGGAGGAGGUGCACCGAGAGGGGGAGGUCACGACAGCUACCGGGACGGCCAGCAGAUACACGACGGCUCGUCUUCGGCGGGUCGGGAGCGUCCCUCGUCUCUGCAGGGGAUGGACAUGGCGUCUCUGCCCCCACGCAAGCGUCCGUGGCAGGAUGGCCCGGGAACAGGAGACCCCCGAGAGCGCGAGUCCCCCGGGGCUGACGGAGGUCGUAUUCAGAGGGAUGAGGGCAGUUACGGUCCAUCUGGCCGAGGUGGGCGAGGCGGCUGGGGUCCCGGAGGCCCCGGCCCCCGGAGAGGAGGACCCCCCCCCAGAGGAGCGUCGCGAGGAGGAGGAGGCGGCGGCCGGGGCCGGUAGUCCCCGACGGAAACCCAACCUAAGAAACUCCCAUGAUCCUCGUCUCCUUGCCGGCUCCUCCACAGACCUGAGACCAGGCGCUGAGGUCACGUGGCCCGCUCCGCCGGUGUGUGGGGGCUGCUGGCCGGAUGUGUGUA